AAUGAGUUGUCCUAUUCAUUGUCGAUACCACCCACCCACCUACCACCGAACAAAGCGGCGCUUAGUAACUGCCACUUUGACUAUUUAGUUUCCCUUCGACAUCUACAAAGGAGCCACCAUAACUAUUUUCUCCUUAUCAGUGAAUCAUUUUCACUCUACAAUGUCUUAGGCCAUUCUUCUGCAUUUUUAUGGUUCUCUGUGUUUUCCUUCUCCAGAAAAUCACCAAAUGGCCAUAGUUCCCAUCACCUACAGCCACACAUGGACCUUCUGUAAUCAUCAUUAUGCACUUCCCCUCUUCCACUCACGCACCAAUUUCACUAGGAUCAAAUUUUCUCCCACCAAGUAUGGUGAUGGCCUUGCCCCCUCUUCACCCCUCUCUCAUUUCCGAGUAUUUUUCCGAUCUGAGAGAGAGACAAUUGAGAUAAGAAGGUGCGCCCCUUUUCUAGAAAGUUCAACACUCGUAGAUAAUGGUGGUGUGGCCUCAGAUGAGUGGAAAGUAGUUCCUGAUAUUUGGCGAUCUUCUGCGGAGAAGUAUGGUGACAAUGUAGCCUUAGUAGAUACAUGUCAUCAUCCUCCUACUACUAUGACGUAUAAACAGGUGGAGCAGGCAAUUUUGUAUUUUGCAGAAGGCUUGAGAGUUAUAGGGGUAAAACCUGAUGAGAAGGUUGCACUUUUUGCGGACAAUUCAUGUCAUUGGCUUGUAGCAGAUCAAGGUAUGAUGGCAAGUGGAGCAAUAAAUGUGGUAAGAGGCUCAAGGUCAUCGGUUGCAGAACUUUUGCAAAUAUACAACCACUCUGAAAGCGUUGCACUAGUGGUGGAUAACCCUGAAAUGUUCAACCGGGUUGCAAACACAUUCUAUUCAAGCACUACCAUGAGGUUUAUUAUCUUGCUUUGGGGAGAAAAAUCAGAGCUGGUUGAUCAAGAAAGCAAGCACGUGCCAGUGUUUACUUUCACAGAAGUCAUAGAUUUGGGACGAGAGAGUGGCAGGCCAUUAUCUAAGGCUGAACAGCGCCGUAUGAAUGAACCAAUACACUCAGACAGUAUUGCUACUCUCAUAUACACAAGUGGAACUACUGGAAAUCCGAAAGGUGUAAUGCUCACCCAUCAGAAUCUUCUGCAUCAGAUAAAAAACUUAUGGGACAUAGUACCUGCAAAAGUUGGGGAUAGAUUUCUAAGCAUGCUGCCACCUUGGCAUGCAUACGAAAGAGCUUGUGAGUAUUUCAUUUUCACUUGCGGAAUUCAGCAAGUAUACACAACCGUGAAGAAUCUGAAGGAUGAUUUGCGACGCUAUCAACCACAUUACUUGAUUUCUGUUCCUUUAGUUUUUGAAACCUUGUACAGUGGAAUCAUGAAGCAGAUAUCUACUAGUUCUGCUGUUAGAAAGCUUGUCGCACUAACAUUCAUUAGGGUCAGCUUAGCAUACAUGGAAUGUAAGCGCAUUUAUGAGGGUAAAUGUCUAACAAUGAACGAGAAGCAGGUCUCCUACGUGAAUUCAAUGUUGGACUGGCUGUGGGCCAGAAUUAUGGCCACAUUAUUACUUCCGGUUCAUAUUUUGGCUAAGAAACUUGUGUACAGUAAAAUCCAUGCUUCUAUUGGAAUAUCAAAGGCUGGAAUAAGUGGAGGUGGUAAUUUGCCGUGGGAAGUCGAUAAGUUUUUUGAGGCAAUUGGUGUGAAAGUACAAAAUGGAUAUGGUUUAACAGAAACUUCACCAGUUGUAGCAGCUCGAAGACCUGGAUGUAAUGUUCUUGGAUCUAUUGGGCAUCCAAUUCGUGAAACGGAAUUCAAAGUCGUAGAUUCUGAAACUGAUGAAGUUCUUCCACCUGGUUCAAAGGGAAUUUUAAAAGUCAGGGGUCCACAAGUGAUGAAAGGAUACUUCAAGAAUCCUUUAGCUACAAUUCAGGCAUUAGACGGUGAUGGAUGGUUGAAUACUGGUGAUAUAGGGUGGAUUGUUCCCCAUCAUUCAAUUGGGCGGAGUCGUCAGUCUAGUGGCAUGAUUAUUGUGGAAGGCCGUGCUAAAGACACUAUCGUACUUUCGACGGGUCUUUCUUCUUCUUUUUUCCAUUCUUGCACCAUGAUUGAUGAGCAUAACCAGCCUUUGAGCUUUUUGAGUCUUCACCCGAGCGAGAGCCCAACCAACUCCUUGGUUUCCCCUAUUCUUGAUUCAACCAAUUACCAUGCAUGGAGCAAAUCCAUGACCACUGCAUUGAGUGCCAAGAAUAAAUCUCAGUUCAUCGAUGGGACUGCUGCAGAGCCACCUCGAGGAGAUCCCUCUCAUAACGCCUGGAAAAGAUGCAACAACAUGGUGGUUUCUUGGUUGGUCCACUUAGUUUCACCAGAAAUCAGACACAACAUUCUUUGGAUGGAAGACGCCCUAGCAAUCUGGAAUGACCUCAAAUCAAGAUUCUUCUAGGGAGAUUUGUUGCGCAUCUCCGAGCUACAAAGAGAAGCUUCUUCUCUAAAGCAAGGAACAUACACCGUCAGUGAGUUUUGCAUUAAGUUGCGUAUCAUAUGGGAUGAGUUAGAGAACUUUCGACCUGAUCGCAUAUGCACUUGUGACGUCCAAUGCUCCUGCAAAAUGACCUCAACGAUCUCACAAAGGAAGCAUGAAGACCGAGCAUUGCAAUUCCUUCGUGGCUUAAAUGAGUGGUACAGUAAUAUCCAAUCUCAUGUCCUCUUACUGGAUCCUAUACUCCCCGUUUCCAAGAUCUUUUGCUGUCAUGCAGCAGGAAAGAAAAUUGAUGAAUAACAAUUUCAUAAAUAGCCUUGAACCCAAAAAUGUCAAUGCAACUAUAAGUACUCUUAUUUGUUCCUUUUGUGGCAAGACUGGCCACACUGACACUGUGUGUUUCAAGAAACAUGGGUUUCCUGCAAAACUCCCUCCAAAUAAGAAAUAUUGCUCUCACUGUGGCAAGACAGGCCAUACGGUUGAUGUAUGCUAUGGGAAACAUGGAUACCCACCCGGUCACAACUUCUACAAUGGUAAAAGUCUCCUCUCAAGAAGCCAAGAACCCAUCAAUGACAGUCCGAGAUAUAAUUUUGAUCCUGAAGUGCGCCUCACUAAGCAACAAUAUUAGGCCCUCAUGGCUCUCAUGAACCCCACUGCUGACACUGCCUCCAACCCUUAAAUCGGUUCCGUGAUUUCCAAUUCCCAAGACCCAGGUAAAACCAUUUUAACUUUUGACUCUGCUGCUGCAACCAGUAUCACAACAUGGAUCCUAGACUCUAGACUCUAGUGCCACUGACCAUGUUGUUUCUUCCCUUAAACACUUCCAUUCUUGUGAUCAAAUUAGACCUCUCACUAUUAAUCUCCCCAAUGGCAUCACCACCAAAGCCACGCAUAAAGGAAACAUAAAGUUUUGUGACACACUUUGCCUAAAAGAUGUUCUUUAUAUCCCUGAUUUUUCCUAUAAUCUCAUCUAUAUCUAAAAUGGUUUUGCAUAAUAAUGUUUACGUAAAAUUCCCUAAUUCUCAAUGUUUCAUCUAGGAUUCAACAACACACCACAAGAUUGGUUCAGCUGACCUCCACGCUAGUCUAUAUGUCCUUCAUGGCCCUACCCUCAUUAUUUUUUCUUUUGUUCACUUUGCUAGUUCACAACAGCCACUCAUUGCUGCCAAUAACAACAUUUGGCACAACCACUUAGGCAACCUAUCUGAUAAGAGACUGGAGGUUCUUAAACAAAAAUAUUAUUGCAUCAAAUACAAUUGUAAUGUCUGCCACAUUGCCAAACAAAAGAAAUUGCCUUUUACUUCACAUAACUCUGUUGCUUUACAUGCUUUUGAUCUUAUACAUAUAGAUAUUUGUUGACCUUGUUCCAUUGCAUCCAUACAUUCUCAUAGAUAUUUUUUAACAAAUGUCGAUGACUAUACUAGAUACACAUGGGUUCAUUUAAUGCAUGCCAAAUCUGAAACAAGAAAUCACAUUCUGCAUUUGAUAUCUUAUAUCAAAAACCAAUUUCAAACCACCAUUAAAAUCAUCAGAUC